AUGGAAUAUACACGAGAACCAUGUCCUUGGAGAAUAAUCGACGAUUGUGGGGGUGCGUUUGCGAUGGGUUUGAUAGGAGGCUCACUUUUUCAAAGCUUUAUCGGUUUCCGUAAUGCACCGUCAGGCUUUCGAAGACGACUUUAUGGUGGUUUGAGUGCAAUAAAGAUACGGGGACCUCAAGUGGCCGGUAACUUCGCAGUAUGGGGUGGCCUAUUCUCAGCGUUCGAGUGUACUCUGAUUGGUUGUCGUUCGAAGGAAGACCCAUGGAAUUCGAUAAUGAGCGGCGCAUUGACUGGCGGCGUUUUAGCUGCCAGAACUGGGAUACCAUCGAUGUUGGGUAGCGCUACAUUCGGUGGCUUUUUAUUGGCACUGAUAGAGGGUGUCGGUAUCAUGGUGACCCGUCUUCAAGCGGAUUUCUUUGCACAACAUAAUACCAUAUACGAAUUGGAACAAGUACCGAACGGCAAGAGAUUUAUUUACAUGGGAAAUGUGUCCAACGUUGAAAGACAAUCGAAUAAUGUACCGACCAAUUUAGAACUCGAACGAAUCGCCAAAGUUUGGUAA